AUGGUGCCAACCGAGAGAAUUGAAACCCAGUCUCCUCGGUUAGCAUGUUAUUUCCCAACCAACACUAGUGAUCUUUCGGACAACAGUCUUACUGACGUUAUCCCUGCUUCCUUGGGUGGACUCAAUAAGCUGGAAAUCCUAUUGCUACAGAAGAAUCUGCUUACCGGACUGAUCCCUGAUGCGCUUGGCUCGCUCAAGACACUGUUAGCCCUGUAA